UGCGAGAGAAACAAAAAAUGACCGAUACAAUCCCAAAUUAGAGUAAAGAGACAGGAAAGAAAGAGGAAUGGAUAGGAGUGAAACAGAGAGAGAAGAAGAGGCCGAAAGCCAAAGGCAAGUGAAAGUAGCAAAAGGAAAGUCAUGCAAGGGAUAUUUGUAUUUCUCUUCCUCUCUCAAAUCCAAAGCUCGCAACCCUCGCUGCAUCGGCAUCUCUCGCGCCCUCCAACAAGCAGUACCUGGCUACAUUGUCGGACAAACGGAGACAGAAGCUUCCAAAGAAGGAAGAGAUCUUACCGAUUUUAAUUACGGUUGUGUUGGUUACUCUGUCUAUUUGGAUAGGAUUGGAAAAGACCGUGUAGCUGAUAACCAAGGGCCAAAAGCAGAAAUGCCAGUCUGUGUUGGCCUUGAGAUUUUGGUGGACAGAAGACUGUCUGCUGAUGAACCUGCUCCAGCUUCUGCUCCUGCUCAUAUUCAUAAUAGAGAAGAAGAUGGCCGUGAGUUACCUCAGCCUCGAAGACACAGACCAGCUCAUUCUGUGGGGGACGAUUUCCUUAGCAGGUUUACAAGGAAUGCAAAUCUGGUUGCAUCGGGGGUGGCUAGGAACGUGCGUAGAGUUGGGAACUCCAUAAAGGAGACUCUUGAUGAUGUUCUAUACCCCUACCGAAAGCGGCCAAAGUAAGAUGGCUAGUCCUGGAGAUAUGAUGAAAAAAGUAAAUCUAGCAGGAAUUAUCUUUAAAAAAGAAUUUGUUCUAUGCACUUUCUAGUGCUAGAAUUCGAUUCCUUUUUAAAAUGCCUUCGUCCCCUUUUCGUAACACAAAUAGUUUUGAGUGCUAGAGGGGUUUGUAUUACUGUUCCUGCACAACAGUUCCAUAAUCAUGGAUAUUAUUGCCUGUUACAUUGAUAAUAUUGAGCCCGGGUGGGGAGGAGGGGUGUCAAUGUUCUCUCUUGUCUGUUACAAUUAGUACUUGUUAUCCAUGUUGUGCCAUACUGAAAAUGUUACUGUUCAUUGUGUACUAUUUUCUGAUGAAUAAGUCAGUGGAAUGCUAUUGCUUUAAAAUAAAAAAAGAAGAAGCAUUUAUGUUA